AAUACUUUUAAUUUGAAUAAUUACAAUAUGAUUGCCAUCGAUAUGGACAACACUCUAGUGAAGUACCAGUUGAACAAUAGUCUACAAUUGACGCACACUAUACUACAGGAUAUACUGGUCGAUAGGUAUGGCUAUCCCGCAGAUAUUAAACAACAAUUCCAACCGAAGUUUAAUCAAAAGGGUUUAGUAGUUGACAAACGCCGGGGAAAUAUACUCAAAUUGGACGCCAACUACCGGGUAAUGGUUGCCAAACACGGAUUCACCGAUUUAGAUGCCGUCACCAUAGAUGCCAUCUAUGGUACCGAUAAAGUGCACGAUGAGUUGAAACAAAUGCCGCAACGUUUAAACAUGGGAACCAUUGGUACCGAUCAAGUGUUUGACUACUAUGUAAUCAGAGACUAUUUUUCCGUGCCGUCGGCCCAGAUAUUUGCCCAAAUCGUUAGCGUGACUGACCAAUUGGGUGCCGAGUUGUCACCAGUAAACGGCAACUAUCGUCGCAUAUGGCUAGACGUAUACAACUCGAUUGGUUUGAUGUACGGAAACAAUGGUUUGAAGACUAGUUUUGGUGAAAAUCUUAGCGCGAGUCCGGACACGUAUUUUAUCAAAAUAUCCGACAAACUGCAGCACAUGUUGCGCCGGUUGCGCAAAAACGGCCGACUCGUGAUACUGAUUACGUCGGCCAAUGUGGAUGUCAUGCGAUUUAUGAUGCAAUACGCGUUCGGCUGCGAUGACUGGAUAUCCUGUUUUGAUUUGGUGCUGACGUACGCCCGAAAGCCAACUUUUUAUACCACUGAUCGGCCGUUUCUCGCCGUUGAUCACAACAACGUCAUCGGUAAUCCUGUUGACGGCACCGAUGAUCUCUGUAGUGGCCAAAUCUAUUCCGAAGGCAAUUGGCAGACAGUUAAGACAUUUGCAUCGAAACUAUUGGCUAAAUCGGAACCGAAAUGCUUGUACAUCGGCGACAGUUUCAAUGACGACUGUAUGGUUCCCAAUCUGUAUGCCGGCUGCGAUACGGUCGGCAUUGUCGAGGAAUUGGAUGAAUCGGUUCGACCAGAUUUGGAUCCCAGUUAUUGGCAGUCGUUUUUCGGUGAUAAACAAAAUAAUAAUCCAAGUCUUUGGGCAAAAAUACUUGAAACUCAUACAAAACUUUUGGUACCUGACGUCGAGUGUUUAGUUGAAUAUUAUUAA